CACAGUCGCGCGCCGGCAGCCGACGACGAAUCAUUUAUAUUGAUGAGUUUAUAACAGUGUACUGUGCUUUUUUUGGGAAAUAACAUAUUUUGAUGAUUAUUAAAAGGUUCAAUGAUAAAUAAAUAAACCCGCCACACGAUGUAUAACUUAAAUGUUAAUGUAAAUCCUAGUCCAACGGCUACUGCGGGUCUUCUCGGAGUGACAGCGGGCGAGGUAACACCGCGAACUCCGGAGAUCGUUAAUUCGCUGAUCGCAAUGACAAACCCUUUUGAGAGUUACUCUCAUGAUCGUUGUCGAGAUAGGACGGAUUCAACGAGUAGCGGUGGUGAUCUCAGUCCACCCAGUGUUCAACACACCUGCAGUCAACUAAUAAAAGAAGGGCUGAAGUUGACGCUACAAACUAAGAGAAGAGCUCACAAUAGCGGAGACGAAAGUAAAAAGAAGACUAAGAAAGAGUAUGGCAGCGCUGAUGAUGAAGAAGAUGAUGACUCUGGCAAUAAUAGUAGUCGUGUUGGGUUGACGCCUGAAGACGAGGAAAGACGAAGAAGAAGAAGAGAACGUAAUAAAAUAGCAGCAACAAAGUGUAGAUUAAAAAAACGUGAGAAAACAGUGAUCCUCGUUCAAGAGUCUGAGACUUUGGAGUCACAAAAUCACGAUCUCAAGUCACAAAUCCAAGAACUAGAAACCCAGAGACGUAGACUUGUUGAUAUGUUGAGUCUUCACGGGCCGACGUGUCUCAAACAAGGGAACACCAAUACCAAUAAUACUGAUACGGCUUAUCAGCAACCAUAUAAUAGUGAUCCUAUACUACUGCCAUUUACCGACAAUUAUUCAACGACGCUAGAUCAGCCGCAGGAGUGUAUCACUAUUGAUUAUCCGGUUAAAAUAGAAAACUAUGAUUCAACGCCGCAGAAUUAUUACAGACAAGACAGUCCUUAUGUGCCUACUUCAGAUGCUGGGUGCACUGUUUAGUUUAUAACUUUAUUAUUUGUUUUUUGAUUUAUUUUAUUUUUUUAUUAUCAAUUAUUUUUACUACCAUAAAAUCUAUCGCAUGUUUUUGGAUUAAAAGACAGCGAAAUAAUUUAUUGAUAUGCAUUCCACCGACCGUUUAAUUAUUAUUUGGAAUGACUCGAAAAGUUAUAAUUACCAUUAAUUAGUUUAAUUUACUAAGAUCAAAUUAAAAUCAUUAAUUAUUUUUAAAUUUGGUUUUCUGAUAAAUAUCAAAAAUAAAUAAUUAAUCUUUAUUUGCUCUCUUGUUGACCACUGCAACGUUCUUCACUAAUUAAGUAAUUAACUUUUUAAUUAAUUAAUUUGUAAUAAUUUAUUAUUAUCAAUAAUUUGAAUAAUUAAUUUUUCGUUUAAUCAAAAAACAUUCCGGCGUAUCAGUGUUACUGUGACAUUCUAAUAUAAAUAUAUUGGCUGAAAAAUCAUUUCUUUAUAAAUAAAAUAAGAUAUACAUUAACAUUAUUUAAAUCAAAAAUAUAAAUAAGAGCCAGUAAAUAAAUUGAGCUAGUGCCGGUUCACUCUCAAUCUCAACCUCCAUACAAAACUAAUAUAAUCAAUAGUUAUAGACUCGAUUUAUUUUUCAUUCUUUAAUUCGUCUUCCGUUUAACUAAGAUUUAUAAGAUAAAAUUUAUGAUAUAUGACGUAGCAUAGUAUAAAAGUAACACGAAAAAGAAAAAAAAAAUUAUACUUAUAUUGUUAAAAAACGAAUAGAUAUUUAAUAAUAUUAAUAACAAAGUAAUGCAUAUAAAUAUUUUUUACUAUAAAAAUAAAACCGUAUAAAAUAGUUAUUAAGACAUUUUUAUUUAAAUAAAUUAUAUAUGUAUGAUAGUAGUCAUAUUUACUGACUUAAAAAUAAUACCGUAUUAUUUUUACUAUGCAAAAAGAAAUAAUUAGAAUUUGUAUUACCUAACGAUAUACCUCAGUAUAAUUUGUAAUAGUAUAUUACAUACCGAAGGAGGGAAGUAAAAUAUUUCAACCUGCGUGUGAAAUUGCCUUCAGAGUUCAAGGCAAGGGUGGAAAUUAUGCAGAUUGAGAUAUCAUACUUUGCUGUCUGACGUCUAUACUAUUUUGUUAUCAGUUGUAAAAAUUAUUAAAUGUGCCUUAUAUUUUAUUUAUGGUUUAUAACUAAUAUUCAUGAUUAUGAAGAAAAUAAAUUAUAUUGAAUAUUAAA